CUUAAGAGAUUUUGACAGUUCACUCAUCGUGUUAAGGAGUAAAUUGUUGGAAUGUUCUGAAGGAUUUUUAAUGCAAAUCCUAGUGAUUUAUCAUGGAUACGGCAAUUGAGGAUGUUAAAAUAUUCUGUGUUGAUGGGAUUCUCACCGAUUAUUGUACUGCUAAAGAUGGAGACGAAGGGAAAAAGCCACAAAAGCUCACUCUACGAAUUCCAGUCAAGAAAAACAAGAAAGCUGCUGAAGAGAAGAAAUUCAAAACAACUAAAGAAUUUUUGUCAGCUUACCUGAAGCCUGGGGAUACUAAGUGUUCGCUAUGCGGAAAGGAGUACAAAUGGAAGGCAAGCUUGAAGAGACACGUCUUGACCCACUCAAACAUUAAGGAAUUUGAAUGUCCCAAAUGCCCAAGGGCAUUUGUGGACAAUGAUCGUCUCAAGCAGCAUAUGCAGGUGCAUUUUCAGGAGAAGCAUAAGUGCAAAAUAUGUGGACACUUCUUCAAGAAUCGUGCAUACCUCAGAACCCAUCAGAAGCGCCAUACGGAUCACAUGAAGUACAAAUGUUAUAUGUGUGGACAGAGAUUUGUCAACUAUGAAACAAUUAAGCUUCAUAUUAUCUACAUGCAUUACAGAAAAAAAUUCUCAAAACAGCCCAAUAUAACGUGCGAUAAAUGCGGGGAGACUGUACCGAGGACGGAGUACAAGCGACACAAUAAUACGCACAAUAUCAAGAUUCAGCCCCGAGAUUGCUUCUACUGCGGCAAAACCCUUAGUUCUUAUGCAUCGCUCAAGAGACAUUCACACACAUACCACAACGGCCUUCCCGUAGAUACCAAAUUGGAUCCCAUCGUCUGCCCUGCUUGCAAGAAAUCAUUCGAAAGUCUAGAAAUCCUCAAGGAUCACUAUGACGAGAAUCACGCAUUAAAGAACUUUGAAUGUGACGCAUGCGGAUCGGGAUUUGAUAUAAAGGAGGAAUUUAGAGAACACAUUCAUAUAAAUCAUGUUGAUGUAGGAGUUCAUCCGUGCUUUGAUUGUGGAAAAUUAUUUGAUAGCCGAGGUAAUAUGCUUCGACAUCGCGCUAAGGCCCAUAUUGACUACUCAUACGUUUGCUAUUUAUGCACCAAACGCAAAGCUUUCUCCACCGAGUUCUACUUUUCACGUCAUGUGGAGACUGUUCAUAAACCCUUUGAAACUAAAGAUAAAGCUGAAAAGAAGGGGAAAAAGGUUAAAAAGUAAUGAUAAAAAAUUGUUAUUUUACUCUGGAAUAAUCUGAAUAAAAAGAUAACGAAAAAAA